AUGAGUGACGCCGCUAUCGCAGUACCUUCGGACGACGAGAGACAACUUGACGCUUUUCGCGACAGUCUUCGAGAUGGAAAAGUGAGUGCUAAGUUGCAUGGUGCACAUGGAGAACCGGCAAAUGGAGGUUUGAAACUGCUGGAAGACAAAGUGACGCUGGUGUGGCAACCCAAAGCUCUGCCAUUGCAGAGUUAUCUGCCACCUUCCGUUCUGCACAAAAUGGUGCAACACGACGUCAGUGUCGUGAUUACCGAAGCAAAAAGCGUGAGAACGGGACGUCAAACGACCAACUUUGUACGGACGACCAAGUAUUUAACUACAGAUGAACUCCCUGCAAGCGAUGACAGAAGCUUAUCGCUCUGUUUUGCUCCGUCUUCAACACCAGAUACAACGUCAGAUUCACCAACCGAACCCCCAAUAAGGACAACAAUACCCCUGGAAACCUUCGAUUUAGAGUUCGAAGACGAGCAUAUCCGAGAUAUUGCACGUGCCUUCUUCCGACAACAAGCAGGCUUAGAGAAAAGCGAAGAUACCGAAAGUUACUCGGACAUUGAGCUGCCUAGUGGGUUACCAACUCGCUGCUACCAAGUCGUAGUUCACCCAUCUUUCCAACUCGCAGUACUGAUCGCAGUAGUCGGGAGUAUGACGUCUGUCGGGUGGCGUUCGUUCCGCUAUGUGGCGAAACUUGACGACGAGGAAGACGUGGAAGAAGUGGCGAGGUUCGGUAUGACUGUGCUAGAGUAUUUGCUACUGGUAUUUCUGACUAUGGAGCAGAUCUGCAAAGCCAUCGGAUUGGAAGGGAUUACACCCUUAUUAAGGAGUAAAUGGGACGCGUUUGAUCUUUGCGCCGUGAUGAUCAGCUGGUUAGCAGUGCUGCCAUUCUCGUCGUUAGCCGGAUUUAAUCUGCUAUCACUCCGAGUUUUCCGUGGAGUCCGGAUUUUUAAACGCUGGAAGAGUUUCCAAGAAACGAUGGAGACUUUUUUGGUGUCGUUACCCAUGGCUGGCAAUGCAGUGCUUUGCUAUUGCUACUAUCUCUUCCUGUUCGCGAUCUUGGGAAUGUAUCUAUUCAACAAUUCCCUCUCUCAUCGCUGUGCUAUUCAAGCGGAUUCCGACAGUUUUAUCGCACCUAUGGGUGUGGGUGAAACCAAGACUUAUGUUGCUGAAACUCCGGUUCAUUUCUGCCGAAUGGAUGAUACUUCUUCCGGAUGUAAAUCCAACAUGGAAUGUGUAGCCAUGUCGCCACCGGAUCGAGGAUAUACAGGUUUCCACUCGUUCCAAGCAUCGUUUCUAACGGUGUUUUUGAUAACGUUACGAUCUGGAUUUGGUCCUUCAUUGGAUGGAGCCCAACAAGCGUCGUCCUAUUUCUCGAUCAUUUACUUUAUCGCGUUGGUAGUGUUUGUCAGCUAUAUGAUAUUGUCACUAUUCGUCGGGAUUGUACGUGGCAGCUACAUUUCCGUAUCUAUUGUACGCGCGGCAAAACUGGCUCAACAAGAAAAAAGAAUGGAAAAAUAUCUAAAAAAGCGUCGUGUCCAAUUUCCGAUAGGAACGGAAAAAUUCCCAGAUGUCAUGCAAGUGGUGGAUGCCAAGUGGCAAAUCUAUCGAGCGCGGUUUAAAGACUGGUUGUUGCAGUCUCCACUAUUUACUAGAUCGGAUGGUACUUUUUUGAGCUGGUGUAGAUUACGCCAAGAACGGAUUUUUUUCAUCCUGGAAUCUGGAAGCCCCACCAUGGAUAAAAUCUCGUCAAUCGCGGAAUCUUCGGCGUUCGAACAUUUCAUGAAUCUAGUGGUUUUCUCCAACUCGGUGUUAUUCGCGCUUGAAUACCAUGGAAUGAAUGAUACCUAUGCUGCUCGUCUGUACAUGAUCGAGAAUUUCCUCAUGAUAGUUUACGCCACCGAAUUUAUCAUCAUCGGGGCAGCCGCUGGUGGACUUGUUGGAUAUUUGCAGAAUCCAUGGAACCGUCUGGAUUUUGUGCUAUUGGUCAUUGCUUGCGUCGAAUUUCUGCUGUUAUCUUGCUCGGUUCUGUUGUAUAGUGACAGCUACGCUCGAGGAAUAUUCGUCCUACGUUUAUUCCGUUUAGUGAGGCCCUUCCGAGUGGUACGGCAGAACAACAAGUUGUUGCUAGUACUGGAUGCUAUACUGGCAAGCGUGCCAGCAUUUUUAAGCUCCAUCGCGUUCCACCUGCUUCUUAACAGUGUGUUUGCUGUAGUGGGCAUGAAUUUAUUCGGUGGCAACUUUCCGCUGACGAUGCAGUCGCAUUUUAACACUUUUAGCGACAGUAUGCUGACACUUUUCAAGUUCUCGAAUGGCGGUAGUAUCUGGCCGAUUUUCCACGCUUCGCUUCAAGCUAGUUCGUUUGGAGUUGCUCUGCUGUACUACAUGGCAUAUGUGGUUCUGUGUCGAUAUAUUGCACUCAACUUCAUGCUGGUAGUGCUACUCAGAAACUUUGCCAUGAAAGGUGAUGAAAGACGGAAGACGUUGAGUGGAUUAUUCCAAGAUCGGAUGUUUGCCAUGCAACGGAUUCAUCUCUUCGACAUGUACACUUUCGUCCAGGAAUUCGGUAACCUUUAUCAAAGUGACGUUAUGAAUGUAAGCUUACCUGGAAGUGCCAAAAAGCGAGCACAACGUGCUUUAUCUGCGUCUGAGGCACUCAAAGCCAGAUUAUUCAACGUUCUACCAACUUCGGAUUUUCUGAAAAUUAAAGGAUACUACGGUACAACAAAAACUCACCAUGAACGCAAAUAUAUCCAGUUAGAAGCUCCACCAAACGGAAAAUCCAAGAACCACGCAGCUGUCGCUCCAAUCGAAGAAUCUUCUCAUUCAGCCUCCAUCGUUCCAACUCCUGGACCAGAAAAUCCAACAGAUUCUCCUGCUCCAGACGAAUGGACAGGCUGGACUUCCUCAGGAGGUAUAACCGGUUAUGUGAGGCAGUUCUUCGACGGACAUUGGCUUAUGGCAGACGUCUCAUUGUUUCUUUUCCCACCGCAGUCGUGGGUGCGCUUGAAAGCUCGUCGACUGGAAAAGGAGACGGAAAAAUACAUUUUCGCAGCCAUCGUGAUUCGUACUAUUAUGCUAACGGUACAGUCCCCUCUGUACUCAAAUUUGAUCCAGGAACUCACCACACUGAGUGACGUCGUGUACGCCUGCGUGCUAUUCUUCGAGUUCACGUUGAAAGUAAUAUCCCGUGGAUUUAUCUUCACUCCGAAAAGUUAUCUUUCGAAUACUUGGAAUCAGAUUAAUAUGGUGGUGUUGAUGGCUUGUUCGCUUUUACUGUUGCUACCUCACUCGACAAUGAUCUCACUAUUCCGCCUUGGACGAGCGUUUGGUCCCAUACGUGUAUUUUACAGAGUGAGGACAUUUCGAGUCAUCACGGAAGCGCUGAAACAAUCCGCAACACCGAUUUUUUACUGUGUCGUGCUUUCGAUUUUUCUGUUUUACUCUUUCGCAACACUCGGAAUGCAGAUUUUUGGUGGGAGGUUCGCUUACUGCAGUGAUCCAUCGAUUGACACGGCUGAAAAGUGUGUGGGAGUGUUUUGGAAUAGCGCCACGGGAAUCUUGACUCCUCGAGUUUGGGGGAAUCUUUCUGGGCUGCAUUUUGACAAUAUCACGGGUGCCAUGUCUUCGAUUCUCUUCUUGGUAUCCAUGAAAGGCUGGCUACCUGUUGUCAACAUUGCUAUGGAUUUUGUAGAUGACACGGAUGUUAACAACGACCACCAAGCGUCUGCUAUUGCGUCGACGUAUUUCGCUGGAUUUUUCGUCGCGUUCCUGUUUUUCACUAGAUUUUAUCUCCUGAAAGUAUUUGCAGGUAUUCUCAUGAACAAUUUCCGAUGUUACAACGGCACACUAUUGCUCACAAACCUCCAACUCAUCUGGCUACGUAAGAAAACAUCGAUCAUUGCAAUGCGUCCGAAAUAUCCGCUACCAACGAGUAAAUUCAUGCAACUCGCUCAAUUCUACAUGCAAAAGCGUUCAUUCCGUGGAUUUAUCAGCACAGUGGUGAUUUUACACACUUCUCUGCUCGCAUGGUACCGAUCUCCAGUUCAUCGUGGCACGACUGAAGACGCAGAUGUCGAUACAGGAGUUUGGUGGUUCCACUAUAUUUUUUCUCUAAUUUACGCAUUCGACGCUGUACUUCGAGUUGCAGCCGUUGGGUGGAGAGAUUUUCUUAUGAAAGGCUUCACUUGGAGAACAUUUAACAGCUGCACCGCGUUUAUUAUGCUCGUGGGACCUCUCAUCUCGAAUUCCCCGGUAUUACUCAUACUAGGGAUGACUCGAGCUUUCGACUUUAAACAUCUGUCUUUAGUAUUGGAACGGUCUCGCGCUCUUCGAACAUUAUUCAGAACUCUAUUGGCGAGUGUUCAGCUUACACUGAAGGUGACGCUUUUAUUGGGCUAUGUAUUGUUCGUAUUCGCGAUUGUUGGAGUACAAGUAUUUUCACUUACGCGGUGGGCUCCAGGUUUAAACGCUAACCUGAAUCUGACAACUUUUCCAAGUGCGUAUGCUGCUUUUGUCAAAUUUGCAGCAGGUGAAGAUUGGUACGCAACGUACUUGGCAUCCAGCGUCGCACCGCCUCAAUGUGUGCUGUGGGGACGAUCAUCGAGCGAUUGCGGCUCUUCUGUCAUCAGUGCGCUAUUUUACAAUAUUUUCUACAUUUUGGUCGUAUUGAUUCUACAAAAUCUGUACGCUUCUACUAUGGUGGAUACGUACGUUCUCAUGUCGGCAAGAGCAGAUGAUAACGAACACCUAUUGGGAUUCCAAGCUGAACAUCUUCAACGUUUCCAGACAAUUUGGAGCGAAUUUGACACUGACGCACUGGGAUUGUUACAUAGGAAACACUUGAUGUCAUUAUUGACAAAACUUGAACCUCCUCUAGGACUGGGUACGUUCAAGGCCACGCUCAAUAGUUUGGCGACUGAAGAUAUGAAACCGGACGAGUGGACAGCUUUAUCCUAUGCGGUUCAUCGACGUCGACGCGAAACUUUCCACGAUAUUGAAGCUCGCAUUGCAGAACUUACGUAUCGAGUCCGCCUUGGACUCGGUAACUGUGAUGGACUCAAUGGCAAUGUCAACACCAGUACAAACCCGGAUCUCAGGUGUCCUCCCAACAUGUUCCGUUUUACAGAUCUGCUACUGGUUCUGACGAUGCGAGUUUUACCGCUGGAAAGUUUGACAGUUCAGGAAAAAGUUGAUGAGUUGGCGAUGAGAGGAUACGCUUUUCGUCAUCGCAAGGCGAUUAUUAUCCAAUCAUCUUUCAGGAUGUUUCGAGUACGACGUCGUAUGAAGAGCAAGAUACGAAUGGCGAAGCGUGCAAGCGAAGCAGACAAACUCAAACGGAUACAACCAAAGAUUAAGGAGAAAUUUACGGAAAAUCCAACAGAAAAUACUACAAAUGAAGUACCAAAACAGGAUCGUGUAGAAGCGGUUGCAAUCGAGCAAACAAGUCCACAAGCCAAGACGAGCUUAUCACUUCGAAUCUCGCUACCGAUACUAUCAUUACCAACUCUUUCACUGCGAGGUACCACUCCGGAGCGAAUACGAGCGCCAGCUACAGUUGCCCCAAUCCUGUCUGAGCAUUUGGAGCUGCAGCCUGAAGCGAGCGACGGCAGAAAAUGUUCUAUCUAGACAGCUUAAGUAAAAAAAAAAAUCCAGAUAAUGACAAAACCAGUGCA